GUCAAUGCGGAAGAGCCCCAUGCUUUUCUCUCAUUCGUUCUAAUCUAAUAUUUGUGAAUAAGUAAAAAAGAAAUGUUGCGCAAAAGGACCAGCGGAAAAGAAGAUGGUGACAGUGUCAAACCUGAGAGAAAGAAGAGAUCAGAUGACACCGGUGUGACUGCUGUGGCUGUCUCUCAGAGGAGCUGCUGGUCUGUUGUGUCUUUCUGGAUGAAGGUUCUGCUCUUCCUCAUCUUCACACCAGCAUUCCUGAACUAUGCCUCUUUGCAGAGAGAAGGACAGGUGCUGUCUCCCACAGAUGCUCAAUUAAUAGAUAUCGGUCUGGGACAGAACAUCCACCUUUUGUGCAAGGGACAUGGACAACCAGUUGUGGUUCUUGAUGCUCCAGCAGGAAUGUCUUCAGAUGUCUGGUACCAUGUUCAGGAGAGUCUGUCAUUAACAACAAAGGUGUGCACCUAUGACAGAGUUGGUUUGGGUUUCAGCCGAAGAACCCUGGAGAAUGAAACCACAGGCAUGGAGAAAGUCUGGGGAAUGUCAACCACUGGAAGGAUGGUGGACGACCUCCACCGAUUGAUCAAGGCUGCGGAUUUAGCCACGCCCUUCAUCCUGAUUGGCUCUGAACUGGGCACGCUCAACGGGAGGUUCUACAGCCACAUCCAUGACACGCAAGUGUCUGACUUGGUGUUGAUCGAUCCGAUCCCAGAAGAUGUCUUUGAAGAGGAGAAGUGGAAGCAGUACUGGUAUUCUCACCUGGUCCCGUCCCUGCAGAUGAUGCAGUUCUCCGCAGCUGCAGGUUUGAGUCGUCUGCUCAUUAUUCUGGGUGUGUUGAAGCCUGCCAUUCAAGGAGAAAACAUCUCCGAAGACAUUAUACAACGACAGAAAUACCUUCUAAGUAACCCGGCCCACCAGAGCGCUGCAGUAGAUGAGCAUUUCUUUCUCAAUGAGAGCGCAGCUCAAGUCAGGGAGAUCUCAAGAUACAAGCCUCUUUCUAGCAAGACAUCCGUGUAUGUGAUUACUGGAGAAUCUUUUGAUGAACAGCUUCCUGCAGAUCUCAACCAAGUGGUUUCUGAACUCCAGAGUCAGUUUUUGGAGCGGUCUUAUCCUCGUGCCAAUCACAUUCAGAUUCGUGGAGCGGAUCGUCACAUGAUCUACAAAAAUCCAUCCUUGCUUAUCAAACAUUUACACAAGCUUGUGUCACAAAAGCAGAAAAACCAAAAGAGGCAGUGAGAUGGUUUAUAUUAUGUCGUAAUUCACAACAACCCAGUUUCAUUCAAUGACAUUUACAGGCUACAGCGGUAAUGUUCUCUUUGAUGAUGUAAGAAUCCAGAUUAUGGUACAAUGUUUGAUGCUGUUCCCUGGAAACAAAAAACCCAUGCAGUUUGUUUUUUUGACGGAUUUGCAUGUAUUUGUGCACAAAUAAUUUAUCUGCCUCAUUUUCUGUAUGUCUUUAAUGUCACAUAUUUUUAUUGUCAGAAAAGUAUGUUUGAAACUCUCAAAACUACCAAGGUCAGACUUGCCAAGGUCAUAUGUACCUAAUGAUUCUAAAUAAAUCUUGUUUUUCUUUAA